AUGAGUAGUAGUGGGCCCAAAGAACCGUCUUCUCCCCGGGCUAGCACCCCCCAGCCAGCUGCCGAGCCUCAGCAGCACAGGGGUCGAGGUCGCCCACGCAAGCAGCAGCUAGAAGCUGUGGGACCACAGACUCCAAAGCGACCAAGGGGAAGACCCAAAGGCAGCAAGAAUAAAGGCCCUAAAACGACACUUAAGAAAAUCGAACCACCCGCAGGAGAAAGACGGCCACGAGGGCGACCGAGGAAAUGGCUGCAGAUGGUUGAAAAAGGAAGUGAAGAGCAAAAGGUGCCCUCGGAGGAAGAAGAGCCCUCUUCAUCCCAGGAUCAAGGCCAGUAA